UCCACUCCAUCGAUCUCUUUUACCCCGUGUGGCCGCUGAUCCUCCUUCCCCACCAUGCCUGGAGAGCUGAAACACGUGCUGAGGUUCAAGAAGCUCACUGAGAACGCUUUUCCCCCGUCUAAAGGCUCCAAAUGGGCUGCUGGAUAUGAUUUGAUGAGUGCCUAUGACCUGGUGGUGCCGGCCCAGGGGAAGGCACUGGUGAAGACGGACAUCCAGAUUGACUUGCCGGAGGGAUGCUAUGGGAGGGUGGCGCCUCGCUCCGGCCUGUCCUGGAAGAACCACAUUGAUGUUGCAGCCGGCGUGAUAGACCGAGACUACCGAGGGAAUGUGGGUGUGGUGCUCUUCAACCAUGCCAAGACGGAGUUAACAGUGAAGAAGGGCGACCGUGUGGCCCAGCUCAUCUGCGAAAGGAUUGUGUACCCAGAGCUGCAGGAGGUGGAGGAGAUUGAGAACACGGAGCGUGGCGAUGGUGGGUUUGGCUCCACUGGGAGAUAAGGAGAUGGAGGCCCUUUUUCCCACCCUGUCCUGUGGCUGUGUCAAGUGUUCAUUGUGCCUGCUGCGUCAACUCACCCUGCCUGUGUAGGGAGCAAGUCUUCAUUAGGGACCAUAUUUUAUUUUUUUAUAAUCAGUGAAUGUGUUCAUGCCACUGCUUAGUUUUAAGAAUAGUGAUAAUAAAUAUUUAAAUGCA